CUCUCUCUGUUUUUGUAUGUCUAUCUCUCUGGAAGGAAGCCGCGGCUACCAGCAGGUUUCACCGGGCGAUAUCAACGUUCUGUAGUGUAGGGAAUCCUUUAUUAGUUUGUUGUUAAUUUGAAAACAAAGACGCAAGAACCGGCACGAGCCAACUGCGUAGUUCUAGUGAUCGUUACUGUAAUUUCGAUUGCCGUCGCGAGUGGAUGAUUGUUUCGUUUGAAUCCUGUCGGUGAUCCUAGUAGACCACAUUUUGUGCAUAUCGUACCGAAGCUGCCAUGCAAGAACUGUACGAGUGCUAUUUUCAUCAUCAGUGCUACGAGCAGAAUUCCUCUUCCAAUGAUGCCAGUUGGAGUGGAAGUGUAAAAGAUUUGAUGUGCAGUGAAGGUUUUGAGUUAUACCAAGCAGAUAAGGAAACAGUAACAAGUUUUGGCAGAAAUUAUUGCAGGGAUGUACAAGUUCAGUUUGGAUAUCCUCCAGAAGAUAAUGGCUACGCACCGCCAUCACCAUCCUUACCGUCAGCAGCCCGAGUUUUUCCAGCAACAUCGCCUGCUGCGACCGCCCGUCGGUACACCAACAUCAUCGAACGACGUAACCAGCGUGAGCGCGUCCGUGUGCGUAUGGUAAACGAAGCUUUCGCUAGACUCCGCCAGAUGGUGCCAGCGACACGAUCCUCGUCCAAGCGAGUCUCGAAAGUGAAAACCCUUAAACGGGCAGUGGACUACAUUGGGGAACUCCGACGGCGUCUGGCCACUUUCGAGAGCUUCCUGACUGAUGCUAGUGCCGGGAUGAAAUCUUCCCAAUCAUCGACGGCAGCCCCAUCAGCCGCCGACCGACGAUGGAAAAAGCUGCCGCCUAAUUAGGGAACGUUGCAGUCUGAGUAAUUGCGGUUUAAAAUAUUGGUAAAUUAUAGAUGUUUAGGGAACUAUCGCGCGCGCUCUCCUUCGAUCUCCGAGUUUUACAAGCGCUCCCGUCGUCGUUCCCGUGGGGGGAGGAUCGCCCGAGAAAAUACUGAAAGGGAGAUGGAUUAGACGAAAAAAGAGUUUCUCUAAUCUUUUCUUUUCGCUUAUUUUGCGCCUGCCUCCCUUUUAAUUUUAAGCUCGAAUUUGUUCUAGUCAUUUUUUCUUCUUUAGUUUCUUUCACCGUGAUUUUGUUCUAUUCGCCCUCCAUCUGGCUUAGCUGCCUCAUCAUUUACUUGAUAUUCAUAAUAAAUUGCUUUUCUAUUCCGUAAAAGUUGAUUAACCUGGGUUUUAUUUCUGCUUUUUUGUUUUGACCAUCCUCG